GAACUGUUCAGUGCGUCUCGGUGUGUGUGAGCUGAGGUUGGUCAUUAUAGAGAGCUCGCUAACAGAUUGUUCAGGAGUCUAGUUAUUAGCCUCGGAAAUCGAGUUUAUUCUUCAUUAUUUUGAUUUGUGGAGAGUGUGGAGAUGUUGAGGGCGGUUGUGCUGGCGAUCCUGUGCUGCGUUCAUGCGGCGUCUGCUGCAGGAACCCACUCCCUGCGGUAUUUCUUCACGGGGGUCUCAGAGGGGACGGGGCUCCCUGAGUUCACUAUAGUGGGGCUGGUGGACGAUGUGCAGCAUGUGCACUACGACAGUGUCACCAAGAAGAUGAGACCCACACAGGACUGGAUGGAGAGAUCUGAGGGGCCGGAGUACUGGGAGGGAGAGACUCAGAGAGCUGUCGGUACAGAGCAGACUUUCAAAGUGGAUCUGAUAAACCUGCCAAAGCGCUUUAACCAGACUGGAGGAGUUCACAUUUCCCAGACCAUGUACGGCUGUGAGCUGGAUGAGGACGGGACCAAGCGGGGGUUUGUUCAGGAGGGGUACGAUGGGGAGGAUUACCUCAUCUUCGAUAAGGACACUCUGACCUGGACUGCUGCCAACCAGCGUGGCUUCACCACGAAAGUGAAGUGGGACCCUGACACAGCCGGGAAUCAGCAGUGGAAGGCCUAUCUGGAGACAGAGUGUAUCGAGUGGCUGCAGAAGUACGUCCAGUACGGGAGGGAGACUCUGGAGAGGAGAGUUCCUCCUGCAGUGACUCUGCACCAGAUGAAAGCUCGUGGAUCUGCAGACACGGAGGUCCUGUGUCAUGUGACAGGGUUCUUCCCCCGCGCUGUGGAGGUGACCUGGGUCAGAGACGGACGGGAUCAUCUGGAGGAGGGGGUGCAGAGUGGGGAGGUGCUGCCCAACCAGGAUGGGACCUACCAGCUGAGAAAGAUCCUGACAGUGAGCCCUGAGGAGCAGGGGAAACACAGCUACUCCUGCCAGGUGGACCACGCCAGCUUCACUGAUAGACAGAACUACAUCUGGGUGCCUGAGAGCGGCCCUCCUAUUGGGAUCAUUGUUGGAGUCAUAGUGGGUGUACUGGCUCUGGCUACAGUGAUCAUUGGAGUGGUGAUCUGGAAGAAGAGACAAGGAGGUGCCCAGAAGAACUACACCCCAGCUCGAACCAAUGAAGGCUCUGACACUUCGUCUGACACCGCCCCUCAUGCCUGAGGAGAGUGACUCCACUGCAGAGAGAAUCAGCGACUCUGCAGAGAUUUCAUCUUUUAAAAUCCUUCAUACGCAAUACUGCUUUAUAGUUUGAUUUGAUUCCACACAUUGCAACUGUACAAACCAGUAGACAAGGAACCUGCCUCAAAAUCAACUGUGUGAAUCAGCAAACAACACAAAUGAUACAAUGAGAGGAACAAGAACAUGCAUUUCUACAGCAUGAUAUUAUAAUGGGAUACAGCAAGACGACCCGUUUAACAAGGAGCUGUCCUAUCCAUGCAGGGCUAUUGUAGAAACACUAACACUCACUAGUGUAAUUUAUUAAUUCAUUGUCAAGACAUUAGUAAAUUGUUCUUGUUGAAUGUUUGUCAAAGUACAGUCAAUUCUCAUUGAAACAAACUGCGAUUAAACACAUUUCCUGAUAGUACAUAUGUUCUACAUGGUCCCAGACAGAUUUAGCAGUCUCUUAUUGUAAAUCACUCAAUAAAUAUUGCACCACUGUCCCAGACAAAGAAAGAUGUUGCUGCAGAUUUCAACAUUCCUGCGAACACUUUCUCAACCAUUCUGAAAAACCACUAUCAGUAAUAUACUGCAGUCUGAAUCUGGAAUCACUAUGAGACACACCCUGAGGAAUGAGCGCAGCAGCUGGGACAUGCACAUUUCAACUGCAGUUCAUUUGCUAUGUAUACUUUUUAAAAGCUCCCACAACCAUAUUGUCAAUAAAAUGCACAGUACUGUAACUUCAAUACAAACUCACAGGAUGCAUUUGGCUUUAGACCCCUGGUAAUCAGAGUUACUGAUGAGACACAUUUGUUUUGCUGGUCCCUUGUUUGUAUUGAUGAGAGUUGACUGUCUUCUCUUUUAGCAUUGCUGCAUGUAUCCUGUUUAAGGCAGACGCUGAGUCCGAGUGAGUCAGUGUCUUCACUUCAGUUUGAAAUGUUGCAGUUCCCUUGUCUACUGGUCCGGCUUUGUUUAUUUACCAUGUUGAUGUUUUUCUCAGUCAGAAUGUGCUUUUGAUAAUACUGUAGAUAGUUUAAGAGUGUCUCGCUGUUCCCCAGUGUCCCAGUCCCCAGGGUUGGUGUUCCCCAGUGUCCCAGUCCCCAGGGCUAGUGUUCCCCAGUGUCCCAGUCCCCAGGGUUGGUGUUCCCCAGUGUCCCAGUCCCCUGGGUUAGUGCUCCCCAGUGUCCCAGUCCCCAGGGUUAGUGUACCCCAGUGUCCCAGUCCCCAGGGUUGGUGUUCCCCAGUGUCCCAGUCCCCAGGGUUAGUGUACCCCAGUCCCCAGGGUUAGUGUUCCCCAGUGCCCUAGUCCCCAGGGUUAGUGUUCCUUGAUAGAUUAUUGAAGUAGACUGAACACAGAGGAGGGAGUCGGGUUAUUCAGCAGGGUUCAAACCAUCUUCUUAUAUAGCGCCUUUCGCCUCAAAUCGCUUCAUAGAUAAAAAAAAUAGAUAAAAAUAACAAAACAAUUUAGAGAAAUAGUAAAAGAUAAGGUGAUAAACUUCAUCCAUUAAAAGCAGUGACAGCCACACAAAAAGGGACAGGCGAGGCACCUUCAUGUGAUCAAUACAUUGUGAUGUUCAUCAGCCAACAGCUUCGUGUUACACAUCACUGAUGCAGCAAACCUGCUUCACUGCAUUGCAAUGAGAGAUGCUCAUCACUGCUGUGAAACAGCACUGACCCUCUAAAAACUACAUGCAGAGCAGCAGCUCAGCUCUGUGUGGGAGCAGCUGUCGGAGUAGAGCAGUGAGCAGGUGUAGAGAAAGGAGGGAGAGAGGAGGGAGGGGAGGAGAGGAGAGAAGGGGAGAUGUGAGGAGAUGAGAAGAGGAGACGGAGGGGUGAGAGGAGAGGAGAGAUAGGGGGUAGGGUUUGCAUCUGAUUGUCGUACACGUGUGUGGUUGAAUGUACUGAUUUCUGUAAAUCGCUUUCAUUGAAAUGCUUGAGUUGUGCAUAUUAUUAUACACAUAGAUUUUUUGUGAGGGGAUAAGUUUAAUUUUCAAAGCUUGGUUCUUUUUUUUUUAUUAGUGAUAAGGUUUUGGUAUCUUUCACUCAGCCUCUUUCACUCAGCCUCGCAUUCCUGCCUUUCACCUGCAGGGGUCCUGGGGUUAAAUCCAGCUGCUCCAUGUGUGUGAUGAUCCCAACUAGUCCACCCCUAGUGGAGCACAGAACACAAUCCAGCCGUGUCAGUCUGUGCUUAAGAGAGGCCCAGGACUGAAUGAGAGGGAGGUGGGGGUGCAGGGUCAGGAUUGAGGGGCUCUGUCUCUCCACAGAGCCUGCUAGCCCUCUGUUAAAAUGCAUUGAAAAAUUGUAAUCUGAGGCACUUAAAUGAUUUGAAUAAAGCUAUGGAGAGUGCA